CCAACGAAAAAACAAAAAAAUUCAAUUAGCUUCGUUCGAUCUGGUUCACACAAACACACCGAUAUUUACACAUUCCUAACACAGAGAGCGAGAGAGAGAACACCUUUAUUUCAUGGCGUUUACUUUGAUUUUCAACUGAUGUAGCACAAAAAUCUAUAUGUAUAUACCUAUAUAUAUAGAAUUGCAUACUCGAAAAUCACACACUCUAUAUCUCUGUGUUUCUCUCUUCAAUGGCAGAUGUUCUUCGACUAUCUUUCAAUUCGCUUUCUUCGGUAUUAACCUCCUUCUCGUCGUCCUUGAAUUCUCUUCAAACGGGCGUCCCGCCCAAUCAGAAGUCGUAUAAGAGGAUUUUAUCUGCUUCCGAUUCUUCUACUUCUGGAAUUGUUGCUCGCUUUGCGUUCAGACCCACCAAGCAAUUCGAUUCUUUCAAGGUACAUGCAACUGUUGCUGAAACUGACCCGCCAAAAUGGUGGGAAAGAAAUGCAGGACCAAAUAUGAUUGACAUUCAUUCUACACAGGAUUUCUUGAGUGCUUUAAGUCAGGCCGGAGAAAGACUAGUUAUUGUUGAAUUUUAUGGAACUUGGUGUGCUUCUUGCCGAGCACUAUUUCCCAAGCUCUGCAGAACUGCCCAAGAGCACCCUGAAAUUUUGUUCCUGAAAGUCAAUUUUGACGAAAAUAAACCGAUGUGCAAAAGCUUGAAUGUGAAGGUGCUUCCUUACUUCCACUUCUAUCGUGGAGCGGAUGGGCAGCUGGACUCUUUUUCUUGUUCACUUGCUAAGUUUCAGAAAAUAAAAGAUGCUAUUCAAGCGCACAACACUGCUCGCUGCAGCAUUGGUCCGCCUAAGGGUGUCGGAGAUCUUAACCUUGAAGCUUUAUCUGCUCCAAAUGAAGCAGGGUCUUCUGCAACAUAGCAUUUAUCUAGAUUUAGCCAAGUGAACCAUCAUUGUGAGCUGUCUAAUUCUAUUUUUGUAAAUUUACAUUUUUUUUUUCUUUAUAUAAGAAUAGUAACCAGAGGACAUUCGCUGACUGCUCAUUUUUUUGUCAUCAUGUUUUGGCUUGUGAUGGAGUAUUCUUAAACUCUCAGAAUUCUGUGAAAAUGAAAUUCAAGGCUGUCUAUUUAAUGAUACUUUUUCUCUUUUCUUGCUCUUA